AUGGGUGGUGUACCGUUUCAGACUCGGUCUAGUCAGCCGAUUAAUGUACUCGAUUAUUCUGAGGACGACCUGGAAGAGGAGAAUGAGGAUGAGGGGGAUGAGGAGAUUGAGUUUGAUGAGGAUGAUGUGCAUGACAGUGUUAGGAUGGGUGCAUAUCACAGAGAUACGCCUAUAUACAAUCUUAGUAGUUACCCUCCUCCUCUGUUUGGUUGUCCACAGCCUGGUCCUGGUGGUUUACCCUCUCCCCCUACCCCUAUCCCUUUUCCUAUGAGUGGUGUGUGGCGCAGUCCACAUUAUAGUCCCUCUUUCCCGCGUCCCGGUCAAUUCCCAAAGGAUACAUCUACCGGUAGUCGGCCUCAUCUCUCCCGCCCGCUCAGGCAUCUCCCUCCCCGAACCGUGCCCCUCGCGGAGGUCCCGUCUCCGCUGGAGUAUCUACACGUCCUCCCCCUCUCAUUGAUCCCGUGUGCCCUAGCCGAGGUCCCGGAUCCACUGGAGUAUCUACACGUCCAGUUACCACUAUUGCAUCAUCAGUGUUCAGUUUUUUCAAACAUGUAUGUGAAACUUGACACUUCAAGCGGUUCAGUGGAAAACCGCAAUAAUAGGUGCCAAUUUUCUGUCUCGAGUAUUCCAGUUUGUACCUAA